AUGGAUGAAAUAACUUCUGUUUCUAAAGGUGUAUUCUUGUUUCGAAAUGGAUUUUCUUUGCAAGAUAAAAAACUUAAUAAAAGGUCAAAAACAAAACAGAAAGCAAUACGUUAUAAUGAAUUAUGGUAUGAAAGCUAUAACUUAAUUUGGAAUAAAAUUGAACAAAAAAUUGAGGAUUUAAAUAACACUAUGUUUUCAAAAGUUUUAGAUAACUUAUUGAAAUUUGUUAAACAACCGCCUAUCAUUGAUCCUGAAUCAAUACCUACAGCUGCUAUUUUGACUGGGAUUAAUUUACCAGACCAUGCAACCUUAUUUAAUAAUUUAAAAAGUCAAAUAAAAUCCGAAAUAACUCCAUUAGUUGCCAUAUUAUAUUCAGAUGAUUGUUCUUCAUUAAAAUCUUUAACAGAAAACUUGGUGUACCAAUUAAUUGUUGGAAAACAGUCAGAUGUUUCUGAUUCAGAUUUAUCAGAUGAAUGCGAUGCAGAACAAAGUGUUAUAAAAAAAUCACAAUGUACCUUUGCAACUUUAGCAGAUUGGUAUUAUUCAGAGGCAUCUUGGGUGUUAUUAAACACACCAAAGAAAAAAAUUAAGGCUAUUCGUAAACGUAAAAGUUUGGUUGUUAUUUUACCAGAUUUCGAAAGUUUGAGUCCCUCCGUAUUGCAAGAUUUCAUUCUUAUAACCAGUUCCUAUUUAUAUCAAAUACCAUUUGUAUUAAUUUUUGGCGUUGCAACUUCAUUGGAUGCUAUUCAUAAGAGUUUACCGUUUAAAGUAUCGUCAAAAUUAACAAUCGAAGUAUUUCAGUCUGAAAGAUCAAUAACAUAUUUAAAUACUGUUGUUGAAAACGUAUUUUUAAAUCCCAGCACAUGCUUUUAUUUAACUGGAAAGCCAUUCAAAUUGUUAACCGAUGUUUUUUUAUUUUACGAUUUUUCAGUAAAUGGAUUUAUACUAGGAGUUAAGUUUGCGCUUUUAGAGCAUUUUUUUGGUAAAAAUUAUAUGGCUUUAAGUGCUGCUGCUCAAUCCGAUAUGGAAAUCGAUGCCAUAUUAAAACAAUUAUCUCAUGAAGAUUUAGAAGAUAUCCGGCACUUAAGAUCUUUCCGACCUUACGUUGAAUCUCAAUCGAAAGAAGCCAUUAUUAAACUGUUAGAAGACGAUCGAUACUUAAAAAAUUGCUUAAAGUUAAAAAUAAAAGAAUUCUCUUCAUAUUUAUAUUAUUUUCAUACAUUUUUAUUAUGUCUACAUUCAUUGACUGCUAAUUUACCUAAAAAUCCACUGGGCAAACAGCUAAGAGAGUUGUAUGCAACAGCUGUUUCAACUGCAAUAACAAAUACAAAUGAAUACAAAGAGUGUUUACAAAUAUUGAACUUUUUAUCCAAAGAUGAACUUUUGAGUAACAUAUCAAAUGUUUGCGAAUUAUUAAUGAAUGCUGAUGAAAAUUGUCAUCGAGAGACUAAUACUUUUGAAAUUGUUCGUGAAUUGAAGCUCCAUUCUAUUAAAAUUGAGAAAGCUUCAUUUGAAGUAGUAGAUGAUACACAAAUUAAACAGUCUUUUGAUGAAAAGCUUAGCAGAUCUGAAUUAAAACAAAAAUUAUUAGAAAGAUCUAAACAAGAAAAGAAGUUGUCUGAAUUUGAUGUAACACGUAAUGAAUGUUUGGAAUACAUGACUGGUUUAUUUGAAAAAUAUUUGAAACCUCCGUACAGUCAAACUUUUUUCGAAUUAUUCUUUUAUGAUGAUAUUAUUUCAUUAAAAUCACAUAUGGUUGGGUCACCUAGAGCCGCUAUUCACACAGCUUUAAAUAAUCCUAACUUCUAUUUACAGUGUACUUGCUGUGAACUGGAAUCAACGAACUCUAUUAUACCCACUAUGCCAGAUUUAAGCAUUGUAUACAAACUCCAUCUAGAGUGUGGUAAAUUAAUUAACAUGUAUGAUUGGUUACAAGCAUUUAUAACAAUAACUGAUCCUCAAGAUACUUCUGGUGGAAAUCAAAAUAUUUUACCUGAAUUACAAGCACGUUUUACAAGAGCCGUUUCUGAAUUACAAUUUUUAGGAUUUAUCAAAACGUCGAAAAGAAAAACUGAUCAUGUACAACGGUUAACGUGGGGUGGUUGUUAAUUUUUUU